AUUUUUAGCACCUAAUUGCGUGGUGUCUGAGUUGAUUAGAAUACAGAGGGAUUUUCUGUGGGGAGGGGCUGAAUUAAAGAGGAAGAUUCCUUGGGUUAGUUGGGAGAUGGUGUGUCGUAGUAAGGAGAAGGGUGGGCUAGGAGUCACGGAUUUGAGGAGGAGGAAUUGGGCACUUUUAGGGAAGUGGUGGUUUAGGUUGGGUGAUGGUGGUGAGAGCCUAUGGAAACAGGUCGUCUGGGAUAAAUAUUAUGGGGGUCGGAGGGAGGUGGACAUCAGGGCAGUAGAUAGUGUGAGGGUGUCUAGGAUUUGGAGGGAUGUUAUUAGUGUCGGGGGAAAAUCUAUCCAAUUACAAGACAUAUUAGGGAAGGGGUUUAGGUGGAUGGUUGGAGAUGGAAGGCGGGUAGGUUUUUGGCAUGAGGUUUGGGUGGGGGAUAAAUCUUUAAGGGAUUUAUGUCCUAGGUUAUUUGAGCUAGCUUUGAAAAAGGACGGUAUGGUUUGUGAAAUGGGGGUGUGGGAAAGGGGCUUAUGGAGAUGGAAUAUUGACUGGAGAAGAGAAAGGUUGGGUCGAGAGAGGGGUGAGGAGGUGGUGCUGUGGGAGGUGCUAAGCAGAGUACAAAUCAUGGAAGACCGCAAAGAUUGCUGGAAAUGGAUGCAUGAUGCAGAAGGGAGAUACGCAGUGAAGAAGGCUUAUGAGUUUCUGUCACCAAUGGAGUCCAUUCUUCCUGAUCAAAUUUUGGGAGGGGUGAUGGAGUUUUUCUUGUAUGAGUUGGGAGGUCUGGUAGGGAGGGAGCUAGGGGCCUGUCUUUUCCUUGUUGGGUCUUGGUAUAUUUGGUAUUGGAGGAACAUUAGAGUUUUCCAGAACAAAGGGGAGUGUAGGGACGGUUUGCUCCAUAUGAUUCAGUCCAAAACGUUUUUGUGGAUCAAAAAUAAGGUGGCUGGAAGUGUUUUCUCGUUAUUUGAUUGGCAAUUUCAUCCACUGGAAUGUGCUGCUGCCAUAAGGAAGAAUAGAAGCCUGCUGAGGGAGUUCCGUAAGCAAAAAAAUGGAGAGCAUGCUGAGUAGGGUGAUUGGUUUUUCAGUUUAAAUGUUUCUUGAGAAUUGGUAUCUUGGUUAGACUAUUUAACUAGUUUGUAUUUGGGUUGGAGUACCCCUUGUACUCUAUCUAAUCAAAUCUCAUUUAUUUU